UUUGACGUGGAGGAUGUUCUGUCUCAGCUGAGCCAAAAUGAGAAGAUUGCUCUCUUGUCCGGCAUUGAUUUCUGGCAUACUUAUCCCAUACCAAAGUACAACGUCCCUUCAGUCCGCCUAACGGACGGUCCUAACGGCAUACGAGGCACAAAGUUUUUUGCUGGCAUUCCUGCUGCCUGCCUGCCAUGUGGGACGGCCCUGGCCUCUACCUGGGAUAAGCAGCUGCUGAAGAAGGCUGGGAAGCUGCUCGGUGAUGAGUGCAUCGCAAAAGGCGCCCACUGCUGGCUGGGCCCAACAAUCAAUACUCCCCGAUCUCCUCUGGGGGGGCGCGGCUUCGAGUCAUUUUCGGAAGAUCCGUACCUGUCCGGCAUCCUUGCUGCAUCUAUGAUUCUCGGCUGUGAAAGCACAGGUGUCAUCUCUGCCGUCAAACACUUUGUCGCCAACGACCAGGAGCACGAGCGGCGAGCGGUCGACUGUCUCAUCACCCAGCGGGCUCUCCGGGAGGUCUAUCUGCGACCCUUCCAGAUCGUAGCCCGAGAUGCAAGGCCCGGCGCAUUGAUGACAUCCUACAACAAGGUCAAUGGCAAGCACGUCGCUGACAGCGCCGAGUUCCUUCAGGGCAUUCUCCGGACUGAGUGGAAUUGGGAUCCUCUCAUUGUCAGCGACUGGUACGGCACCUACACCACUAUUGAUGCCAUCAAAGCCGGCCUUGAUCUCGAGAUGCCGGGCGUUUCACGAUAUCGCGGCAAAUACAUCGAGUCUGCUCUGCAGGCCCGUUUGCUGAAGCAGUCCACUAUCGAUGAGCGCGCUCGCCGCGUGCUCAGGUUCGCCCAGAAGGCCAGCCAUCUCAAGGUCUCCGAGGUAGAGCAAGGCCGUGACUUCCCAGAGGAUCGCGUCCUCAACCGUCAGAUCUGCGGCAGCAGCAUUGUCCUACUGAAGAAUGAGAACUCCAUCUUACCUCUCCCCAAGUCCGUCAAGAAGGUCGCCCUUGUUGGAUCCCACGUGCGUCUACCGGCUAUCUCGGGAGGAGGCAGCGCCUCUCUUGUCCCUUACUAUGCCAUAUCUCUAUACGAUGCCGUCUCUGAGGUACUAGCCGGUGCCACGAUCACGCACGAGGUCGGUGCCUAUGCCCACCAAAUGCUGCCCGUCAUCGACGCAAUGAUCAGCAACGCCGUAAUCCACUUCUACAACGACCCCAUCGAUGUCAAAGACAGAAAGCUCCUUGGCAGUGAGAACGUAUCGUCGACAUCGUUCCAGCUCAUGGAUUACAACAACAUCCCAACGCUCAACAAGGCCAUGUUCUGGGGUACUCUCGUGGGCGAGUUUAUCCCUACCGCCACGGGAAUUUGGGAAUUUGGCCUCAGUGUCUUUGGCACUGCCGACCUUUAUAUUGAUAAUGAGCUCGUGAUUGAAAAUACAACACAUCAGACGCGUGGUACCGCCUUUUUCGGAAAGGGAACGACGGAAAAAGUCGCUACCAGGAGGAUGGUGGCCGGCAGCACCUACAAGCUGCGUCUCGAGUUUGGGUCUGCCAACACGACCAAGAUGGAGACGACCGGUGUUGUCAACUUUGGCGGCGGUGCCGUACACCUGGGUGCCUGUCUCAAGGUCGACCCACAGGAGAUGAUUGCGCGGGCCGUCAAGGCCGCAGCCGAUGCCGACUACACCAUCAUCUGCACGGGACUCAGCGGCGAGUGGGAGUCUGAGGGUUUUGACCGGCCUCACAUGGACCUGCCCCCUGGUGUGGACACCAUGAUCUCGCAAGUUCUUGACGCCGCUCCCAAUGCUGUAGUCGUCAACCAGUCAGGCACCCCAGUGACAAUGAGCUGGGCUCAUAAAGCAAAGGCCAUUGUGCAGGCUUGGUAUGGUGGUAACGAGACAGGCCACGGAAUCUCCGAUGUGCUCUUUGGCAACGUCAACCCGUCGGGGAAACUCUCCCUAUCGUGGCCAGUCGAUGUGAAGCACAACCCAGCAUAUCUCAACUACGCCAGCGUUGGUGGACGGGUCUUGUAUGGCGAGGAUGUUUACGUUGGCUACAAGUUCUACGACAAAACGGAGAGGGAGGUUCUGUUUCCUUUUGGGCAUGGCCUGUCUUACGCUACCUUCAAGCUCCCAGAUUCUACCGUGAGGACGGUCCCCGAAACCUUCCACCCGGACCAGCCCACAGUAGCCAUUGUCAAGAUCAAGAACACGAGCAGUGUCCCGGGCGCCCAGGUCCUGCAGCUAUACAUUUCGGCCCCAAACUCGCCUACACAUCGCCCGGUCAAGGAGCUGCACGGAUUCGAAAAGGUGUAUCUUGAAGCUGGCGAGGAGAAGGAGGUACAAAUACCCAUUGACCAGUACGCUACUAGCUUCUGGGACGAGAUUGAGAGCAUGUGGAAGAGCGAGAGGGGCAUUUAUGAUGUGCUUGUAGGAUUCUCGAGUCAGGAAAUCUCGGGCAAGGGGAAGCUGAUUGUGCCUGAAACGCGAUUCUGGAUGGGGCUGUAG